GGCCCGGCGGCGGGAGCGAUGGCGGAGGGGCUGCGGCCGUUCCGGCUGCGCGGGCGCGGAGGCCCGCAGAAGUUCGGUGUGGCGGCCGGGAGCCUGCGCGGGCUCCUGCGGAAGGGCUGCCGGCUGCUGCAGGUUCCCUUGGCAGGCAGCCGGCUCUGCCUCUACGAGGACGGGACGGAGCUGACCGAGAGCUACUUCCGCGCCCUGCCGCCGCAGACGGAGCUGGUGCUGCUGGGCCCCGGGGAGAGCUGGCGGGGAUGUGCCAGCGACAUCGAGCAGUUCCUGGCCGCCUUUUCCAGCCAGAGAGAUGCUGUGGUGGAGGCAGCGCGGAAGCUGCUCUCGGAUGAGCGAGCCCCCAGGAGGCAGAAGCUGCUGGCGGAUCUCAUCCACAACCUGAGUGAAAACAUCCUGGCUGAGGAGAGGGGGGAUGACGAGAAAUGGUUUGAAGGUCUAGAGUCUCGUUUUAAGAAUAAAUCAAGCUACAUGCGAUACAGCUGUGAAAGCAGAAUACGAAGCUACAUGAAAGAGGUUAGUAGUUUUAUUUCAAAUGUUCAUCCUACAGCAAGAGAUGCAUAUAAAGGGAUAAUUGACCUGAUGUCAGACAAACUGAAAUCCGUGAAGUAUAACGGAUGCUACUUUGACAGAAGAGAGGAGGAGGCAGCCCGCCUGUGCACUACGGAGGGAUGGUUCUCUUGUCAGGGGCCCUUCGACAGAGAUGACUGCCCAUGUAAGCAUUCUAUCAACCCCUACAGCAACAGGGAAAGCAGAAUCCUCUUCAGUACCUGGAAUCUCGAUCACAUAAUAGAGAAGAAACGUGCUGUUGUCCCAGAACUGGCAGAAGCUGUCAAAACACGAGAUGGAAGAGAAGUGAACUGGGAAUACUUCUAUCAGCUGCUGUUUACCGUGCAUAAUUUAAAACUUGUACAUAUUGCUUGCCAUAAGAAAACCAAUCAUAAUCUCAGCUGUGACAAAACGAAAAUUUACAGAAAAGGGAAGCAAAACCACGAGAUUUCGUAGUGCUAUCUCUGGAAGUGCCUUCUGCUUUUUUCAAAAAUCACAUCACGUGGUAUCAUUUUUAAAUAGCUCUAGUUUCUUAAACAAAAGCUUAUUUAGGAGUCCCUGGCAAAAGAGACUUGCUAAGUGAUUCAAUCUCACAACACAUACAUUCAGAUCAUGCCUAAUUCUACUCUCCUGCCUUCUCACUUACUACGAGCCUUCCUCAGAUCAUGCUGUGUUCAGUGUGAUAAAAUACAGCUGUGAGUCAGAGUAUAAAAAUAAGGCCAGAUGCUGAUUAUGCCCUACGAUCUCUUUCUUGCCAUAACAAAUGUAGGCCCAAAACUCACAGUGCACAGAAACAAAACUCAGAUGAAAUGUUUCUUAAAAGACGAUCUCAGGGCGCUUGUAGAUUCACAUUUCUCAAAGCCAAACAAAGCAUACUUUAGAAGAACGAUUUUGCUCUGUGCCUUUUCCAGGCAGCCAACCGCUAUAUUUCAGGUAUGGCAAAGGACGAUGCAGUGACGCAGCCACUGGCUCUUCUGUGCCAAAAUAUCUGUGCUCAUCUGUCCCAUUUGCUGCUGCUUUCAAUCUGCGUCUCCUAGAAGGAAGAGCAAGGCCAGGGCAUAUCUUUGCUUUUACCACCUUUGUUCUCUGACAGCUUUCCCAUUGAUUUCCCUCUCCUUUCAAACACUUUCUGCCUCUUUAGCUUGAGUUUGCUUGAAGCAAUACAAGCAGUGUUACUGUAUAAUAAUCAUGUUUACCUGCUGCUUUAGCGAAUAUUGCUUUUGUAAAACACUUCCUACCUCAGGUAACAAAAUACAAAUAGAUCCAUUUUUACUUGAUUUUUUUAAGAAAAUACCGGCUGAUAGCAACUGAACUUUUAGAGACUGUAAGUGUAAACAACAUGAUUUUUUUUUUUUAAUAAAAAAAAUGACCACCAUCUUUCUGUGUGUGUAUGUGGAGGCAGAGGUGCACGACUGGUUAAUGAGGUGUAAUACAGCACGGCCAACACAGACCAGAAAGACUGAGCAGAGGGAAACGUGUUUAUCAAUGGAGCGCUGGCUACUUACUGCUGUGUAAAUAACAUCACUCCUCUCUAGGGAAGAGCUGUUUUCCCCCAUGUCGCUGGUCCUCUUCCUUACCCGGGCAAAUCCAGUUAGUCCACACAGCGUUCUGUUAAGAUAGUAUUGCUGUGUGAGCCGUAACUUACCUCAGUCUUAGAACUGCAGGAGCUUUGUACAGAGAGUAUUGAUUUACUUUAAACAACAAACUCAAUUCCCCUCCCAAACAUUUCAAUAUGAAAAGUAAGUAGGUGCAUUUUAAAUACAGAAUUUCUAACACCAAUGCAUUGAGUUGAUCCUUCCAGAUUGCUUUACUGAAUAUACGUCAUCAGUAACUAAGAUGGAAACGCAGACUACACUGUUUUGACAUUGGGGACGGCAUCACAGCUAAGAUUCUGAUGACAAACACAAUGUCAUCUGUAUGGCACACUUCCUACAAACUGAAAAUCACCAUUCUGCACAGUGCUGAAACUAAAAUGACUGACUGUGUGCGAAGACAUAUUUGCUAGAAAGAGAUGGUAGCAAAUAUGGCAUUUAAGAAAAGCUGGGGGAGCUACUUCAAGAUGGAGUUGUGCUGAAAACCGUGAAUAUGCUAUUAAAAAAUUAGAUUUUUCUGUGUUACAGAAUUAGAGUGAAAAGGAGCCAAGA